CAUUCCAAUACACUAUGACAUACAGCUGAAUGAAAAAUAAAAAUAAAGUGAAUCAUCCACAAAAUAAAAUUAACGAAAAUUUCACGUUAAUUUUGCAGUAAACAAAAAUUUUUAGAUUUUUUUUUUGUUUUUAAAAGAAAUCCAUCAAACUGGGGAACGAAAUGUCGUCGGCACAAAUGGAAAAACAUCUAUUCAAUUUAAAAUUUGCUGUAAAAGAACUAGAACGAAAUAGCAAAAAAUGUGAAAAGGAAGAAAAGCUAGAAAAGGCCAAGGCCAAAAAGGCCAUACAGAAGGGUAACAUGGAUGUGGCUCGAAUACAUGCCGAAAAUGCCAUUAGGCAAAAGAAUCAAGCUGUUAACUAUUUACGUAUGAGUGCACGUGUGGAUGCAGUCGCCAGCCGAGUCCAAUCAGCUUUGACCACACGGAAAGUUACUGGUUCAAUGGCAGGAGUAGUUAAAGCCAUGGAUGCUGCCAUGAAAGGAAUGAAUUUGGAAAAAAUCUCCUCGUUAAUGGAGAAAUUCGAGCAACAAUUCGAAGACUUGGAUGUGCAGAGUUCAGUUAUGGAAAAUACAAUGUCCGAUACCACAACUACCUCGGUACCACAGGGUGAUGUUGACAAUCUUUUGCAGCAAGUGGCCGAUGAGGCUGGGUUGGAGCUUAAUAUGGAGUUGCCAAGUGGUGUUCAAUCAUCGACUAUUGGAGCUUCUACACAGGUAUCGCAAGAGCAAGAUGAGUUGACCCAACGUUUAGCUCGCCUAAGGCAAGCCGAAUAGGUAGGAGCUACAUCGUUAUGUAGGCUGCUUUAUUUAUGCUAUUGUUAUGCUUCCCCACACUCACACGUCGGUGUAGAGUUGCAAAAGGAGUUUUAUGUAUUUUAUUGUUUAAGUUUCACUACUCACUCACCGUCUUUAUAUAUGUAAAUUUUGCGAAGUAAUAUAAAUUAAAAUGAAAACGAUCAAAA